AUGGUGCCAGUGACCAAUAUUAACAACUUGCAGACAGCUUACAAAACUGCCGGAUACUCUUCUAAAUCGACUUCUUCUGAACGGCGAUCGUUUGCAGCCUGGAGCUUCAGCACUGAACGAACUCUGCAUCGACAAAACACUGAGAACUACCAUCGGCACAGUGCUGAGAACUACCAUCAGCACAGUGCUGAGAACUACAGUCGGCACAGUGCUGAGAACUACCAUCGGCACAGUGCUGAGAACUACCAUCGGCACAGUGCUGAGAACUACCAUCGGCACAGUGCUGAGAACUACCAUCGGCACAGUGUUGAGAACUACCAUCGGCACAGUGUUGAGAACUACCAUCAGCACAGUGCUGAGAACUACCAUCGGCACAGUGCUGAGAACUACAGUCGGCACAGUGCUGAGAACUACCAUCGGCACAGUGCUGAGAACUACCAUUGGCACAGUGCUGAGAACUACCAUCAGCACAGUGCUGAGAACUACCAUCAGCACAGUGCUGAGAACUACCAUCAGCACAGUGCUGAGAACUACCAUCGGCACAGUGCUGAGAACUACCAUUGGCACAGUGUUGAGAACUACCAUUGGCACACUGUUGAGAACUAUUAUCGGCACACUGUUGAGAACUACCAUUGUGUUGAGAACUACCAUCAGCACAGUGCUGAGAACUACCAUCAGCACAGUGCUGAGAACUACAGUCGGCACAGUGCUGAGAACUACCAUCGGCACAGUGCUGAGAACUACCAUUGGCACAGUGUUGAGAACUACCAUCAGCACAGUGCUGAGAACUACCAUCAGCACAGUGCUGAGAACUACAGUCGGCACAGUGCUGAGAACUACCAUCGGCACAGUGCUGAGAACUACCAUUGGCACAGUGUUGAGAACUACCAUUGGCACAGUGUUGAGAACUACCAUCGGCACACUGUUGAGAACUAUUAUCGGCACACUGUUGAGAACUACCAUUGGCACAGUGUUGAGAACUAA